CUUUUAUUUUGAAGGCAAGUGUGAGAUCCGGUUGAGACUAGAGUUCAGGUCGUCGCUGGCUGUUGAAUGGUUCAGUGUCAGUGUAAAGUCUGUGCCAGUGGCACUUCAGGCGCUGUCAGGUGAGUGGGCCCACGAUAGUUGAGUGAGUGAAGCCUCAGUAACAAACACGGGGGCCGUUUGACUCGUGUGGAUUUGUCACGCUGUGGGACCGUGGGACACAUUUCACUGACACCACAGCACCUUCACACAAAAAAACCGAGUGUGAGCUCCAGCUGGCGACCCAGAAUGUUCCCUCUGAGCAAAGUGUCUUACAGGUAGCAAUCCAUCACAGUGGGCUGUGACGUGGAAAUGGUCACUUGGGCUGCUCUGCUGACACUAUGCAUAUGGAUACAGACACAAACCGCCUCGGGACAGCACUCGUGCCCGGCGACUCCUCGCAGGCUGGUGGAUUUCACUGUGAACUACUCCCUCCCCCACUUCCAGUCGCACACACCUAUACAGAACAUAGCAGUGCACUGGGAUGCACAUCAGCCCGAGGUGUAUGUCGGGUGUCAGAACGUGAUCAGGGCGGUCAAUUAUUCGAUGGAAACUGUAUGGGAAGUGAGAACUGGACCCGUCGGCAGCCUCGAAUGUGACACGUGUUGGGUGUGUGACAUGGACGCAGACCCCGACGAUCCAGUGGACACAGAAAAUGAGAUUCUGCUCUUGGAUCCUGCUGAAUAUGUCCUGCCGAACUUGUACAUAUGCGGGAGCACCAACCAGGGCAUCUGUUAUUCCAUUGACGUUACCUCGCCAACGCCCGAGCCUCUGUGUUUGUACAAAAGCGCCCAGAACUCUGAAUGGAGUUGUCCAGAUUGUUUGGCCAGUCCGUUUGGCACCAAGGCCACCAUCAUCGAGCAGGGAGCCACGUCGCUGUUCUUUGUUGCCGCCGCCGUGGAUGACAGAGUGGCACAGAAGUAUCCGCGGAGGUCGAUAUCGGUGAUGAGGCCACUUUCAACCGAAGAUGGCUUUCAUGUGGUCACUAAUGGCCUGACAGUCCUCCCCACUCUGCGGGACUCCUACAGGAUUAAUUACAUCUACAGCUUCUCCACCGAGGAGUACGUCUACUUUCUGUCCAUGCAGAGAGAAAAUCCUCUCAAGGGCAAUUCGGCGUUUCAGACUCGCCUGGGACGGCUGCCCAUAUUGAUUCCCGAGGUGUGGAUGUAUAGGGAGGUGGUGCUGGAGUGCAGGUACGAGCCGAAGCGCAGGAGGAGACGGAGGGAGGGCUUCAGGGACAUUGUGUAUAACGGGCUUCAGGCCGCGCACUUUGGCCAAGCAGGGAAGGACCUGUCCGACGAGCUGGGGGUGGACGACAAAGAAGACAUUCUGUACGGGGUGUUUGCAAAAGUGAACGAAAAUGGCCAGCCUGAAAGAAACUCAGCCCUGUGUGCCUUCCCUCUGAAGAAAAUCAACCUCGCCAUUGACAUGGGUGUGGAGGCCUGCUGUAAGUCAGGCUCAGAGCAACUGUCCAGAGGUCUGUGCCACUUCCAGCCGUGCGAGAACUGCCCACAUGAGAGCUCGGAGGGAAACGUCACAUGCACCGCCAAGCCCACUCUGGUGUCACAGCCCUACUACAGAGUGGAUCUGUUCAACAGGCAGAUGACAGAUGUCCUGUUCACUGCUAUCCUGGUUACCAUCAUUGAGAAUCACACGCUGGGCCACUUUGGUACGUCGGACGGAAGAAUCCUGCAGGUGAUUCUUGCCACAUACAGGCCUUUUGUUUUUGCCAACUAUUCUCUGGGAGAGACAGCGGUGUCCAGCACGGCAGCGGUGUACUCACAUGAUUCACUUCUCUUCGUAGUUGGAAACAAGAUGUUUAGGGUGCCCUCUGCAGGACCAGGGUGUGCACAUUUUAUGACAUGCUCCAUGUGUUUGACAGCUCCACUCUUCAUGAACUGUGGGUGGUGUUCAGGAAACUGCUUGAGGCAGCACGAGUGUUCUUCACAGUGGAACAAACACUCGUGUGCACCUAUUAUUACUGAGUUUUUCCCUAAAACGGCACCUGUCGGCGGUGAGACAGAAGUGACCUUGUGCGGUUGGGAGUUUCAGUCCCCUCAGCGACCGGUCAUCGUCAGUGGCAAAACCCACGUGGUCACAGUGGGCUCUGGAAACGUGUGCACCGUUCUGCCCGACAAGAGCAGAAGUGACGUGUUAGUUUGUAAGAUUCAGGAAAAAAUACCAAAUCAGAAUCUUAGCAUCACGCUGGAAUUGCACGAGGGGAAAGUGGACGGCCGUUACUCCAUCGAAGGCACAGCCCAGACUCAUGGCCUCUCUUUUGUGGAACCAAGCAUAACAGAAAUCAGACCUGACUAUGGGCCUAUGUUUGGAGGAACGGAGGUGACACUGACUGGCAGGUAUCUGAAUUCAGGGAUGCAGAGAGACGUCUUCUUUGCCAUAAACAAGUGUAACAUUCAAAGCGUAUCUGAAGGAGGAGGGGCUUUAUCUUCAAUUGUCUGCCUAACAGCCGCCGUGGCAGAUAGAGGGCAGGUAGCUGUGAACGUUGUCAUCGACAGCUUACAUUUGACCACUUCCGCCAUGUUCUCGUACAGGAAUAAUCCUGUUAUAACCACUGUGCAUCCCAACUGCAGUUUCAGAAGUGGCUCCAAGCUGGUGAUACAAGGUGAAAAUCUCGACUCUGCCCACAAAAUCGUGGUUGAAUACACUCCCAAAAGUCACUUAAAUCCCUUCAUACAAUCUCGCCAAAAAGUCUGCAAUGGUGCAAGAAAUGCCACGCAUAUGGAGUGCUGGGCCCCCGCCUUUGAAGAGGAAAAAUAUGACCGGGGAGAGAUUUCCAUUCACAUUGAUGGAAAGAAUAACCUCUGGAAGAGACGUUUUGACUACUAUCCCGAUGCCAGUGUCAUUCCCUUUGAAAACGACGACAGGAAAUUGCUUCUUAAACCAGGAGAGACGGAGGUUUCACUGCAUCACAACAAACUAAAUAUAGUGAGCACAUGCAUGAAGAUCACCAUGACCAUAGACGGUGUGUACUGCAACGUUCAAGUUCUGUCCAACGAGCUGACGUGCAGGAUUCCCAAAGGACUUGUUAUUCCCAGCGAGGGUUCACCUGUUAAGGUGUUUGUGAACGGGGAAACGUACGACGUGGGAACAGUAUUGUAUCACAACAACGACACUGUCAUCGCGGGUAUUGUGCUGGGCAUCAUCGCUGCGUUGGUCGUCGGCGCCGGCCUCGCGCUCAUUGGGAUGAUCCACGUAAAGAAGAAAAAAAGAGCCAUCAUAGAGAGUCGUUUAUCGACGCGACUUUCGCGGAGCCGCAUGAGCAGCAACUUGGAUUUUUCCCCAACAGGUGAUUACAGACGAGUAGACUUGUCCCAUCAAACAUCCGGCUCAGGAGGAAUGGCCUUCCAAGGUUUGCUUUAUGCUGCCAGCUAUGAUCAUCUGUCCGUUCCUUUGGCGCCACGGGACAAUAUCUCAAUGGUCAGCCUGAAUUCUGAGCUCCUGGAGGAGGUUAAAGAUGUGCUGAUCCCUGCUGACAUGCUCAGGAUUGAGUAUAGCCAGAUAAUCGGCAAAGGUCACUUCGGGACAGUUUAUCACGGAUACUUGAUAGACAGCAAAAAGCAGGAGACCCACUGUGCUGUAAAAUCAUUAAACAGGAUUACAGAUUUGGGGGAGGUGGACCAGUUCCUCAGAGAGGGCAUCAUCAUGAAAGGUUUCCACCACCCUAACAUUCUGUCUUUGCUUGGCAUAACGCUGCCUAAAGAAGGACUCCCCCUGGUGGUUCUACCCUACAUGAAGCACGGAGACGUGCGGCAUUUUAUCCGUUCGGAGAAACGGAACCCGACAGUGAAAGACCUGAUUGGAUUUGGGCUUCAGGUUGCCAAGGGGAUGGAGUAUUUAGCUCAGAAGAAAUUUGUCCACAGGGACCUGGCUGCGCGUAACUGCAUGCUGGAUGAAACCUUCACAGUAAAGGUGGCCGAUUUUGGCAUGGCAAGAGACAUCUAUGACAAGGAAUACUACAGCAUUCAGGAUCACAAACGAGUGAAGCUUCCAGUGAAGUGGAUGGCCAUCGAAAGCCUGCAAACGCAGAAGUUCACGACCAAGUCUGACGUAUGGUCGUAUGGCAUCUUAUUGUGGGAGUUACUGACCAGAGGUGCCAGUCCGUAUCCGGAGGUGGACCCCUAUGACAUCACACACUACCUGUUGAAGGGGCGUCGGCUUCCACAGCCACAGUUUUGCCCUGAUGCUCUGUAUUCAAUCAUGCUGACAUGUUGGGACCCAGAGCCUGAGUGCAGACCAAGUUUCCACAGCUUGGUUACAGACGUACAAGACAUCCUGUCCUGUCUGGAAGGAGAGCACUACAUUAGUCUGAAGGUAAUCUAUGUAAACUUAGACCAGCCAAGGCCUUACCCCUCUCUGACUGGAUCUGCAGAUGAGGCCGAGGCCUCGGACUUGGAUUCAGAUGCUGCCAGCUGAGAGUGCUAAGACUCACUCUUAAAAGAAACAGGAUCUGGAUCAGCAUUGGACAACUUAACCUGUCACAUGGGUUCUAAGUUCAUGUCUGCAAACUGGAGGUUUGUGGAAUAUUUGGCUACUGAUUUCAGACACUGUAGGUACAACAAACUCUUAAUGGAGCGGAGACAA